AUGAAGAUCCAAAUUUUGAAACCCUAUCUAGCUACUGCCAUUGCCACCCCUUCUCUUGCCCCUCUUCUACGUUAUGUUAUGACGAGAAACCCUAACAGUCUCCACAACUCUAACCGUCACCACCAGGGAAGAGUUUUUAUUGACAUUUACCUGAUCUGGAGACACAAGGUUGAUGAAGAAGAAAACUUUUUUGCCAUCACCACUACCUCUAAGCCUGAACAAGAAACUCGCAUUCUGGAGGAGCUGAUGAUGAUCUUCCGCCAUCCCAUCAAAAUAGAAUUCCAAGAGGUGGAUCCGUUUUACGGGCCUUUAAAGCCCAAGCUGAUGCAAUUACUUGGAAAUAGUUGCUUCCACUAUAUUACUUAG